GCUGAAUGGCGGAAAGCUCCGUGCUUAGAUAGAUACUAAAUCUUCACUGUGUGGCGGGGUGUCGUUCUUACCCUCUUUGGGUCUGUACUGUACAACCUUGUGUGUGUCCAUCCCAUGGAUGAGACCGGGAGGCACAGAUCACGUUGUGCAUUGGAUGUACACUGAGCACCGAGGCACCGGAUUCAAAUGGUCAGGCACAUAGCGUGGAAAUGUGCCCGCACGUGCAGUUCUGCCGUCAGCCCAUCACUCCGGUCGUUCUUCGAUCAACCGAUGCUCUCCAUCCUCAUCCCUCAAUUGUUCAUUGAUUAUUGUGCACAAUACUAUUGGACUCCGUAAAAGUUGAUGAAACAGCAACAUGGAAGAAGCCCCCCCUAAGACUGUCGAAGCCAAGCCGACAAAGUUCGUCUUCCGCGAGCUUUUGAGGAAGACUUUGGCUCGAGAGAAAAAAGCUCCCUUGCCAGGGCGUAAUUCUCCAUCACGGUCUUCGACUGCUCGCUCACAGGAUCUUGCCUCCGGAGGUCAGACCGAUAAGCCCAUGUCGUCAGCGGGUAUCAGAGCUCAACCCUACUCGGUCAGCGCGUCGUUGCCGGAGUCCGUGCCAGAGUCUCUACCUGGAGCACAUCAUCCAGAACCUUUGUCACGUGGCGACCGGAGCCAAGAUGCUCAAUCUCAGCCUCCAACAUCGCCACCUCAAUUUUCGAGCCUCCGGAACAACACUGCUGACGCAUUUCAGUUGUGGGCCACAGCAUAUCAUGAGAUCAAGGCCAAUCAUCCCAAACACUUUGAUCACUAUGAAGAGAUCCUUUCCGGCUACCUCGGCCAAGAAGAUAAAUUAGCUGAGACGGAUGAAGACAUCAAGGUUAUCAGUUCUCAUGAGACCGCCGGAGGAACUCUUCAAAAGCGCAUGGACGCGGUACUGGAAUCCUGGUUUACCAAGCACCUCCCCGCAACAGACGGAGGAGACGAUUGGGAGAAAUCAGUUUCUCUCGUCCGGGAUGCUUGGAAGAAGAUAUCGCAGCCUUCUUUGCCUUGGGUUGCUGUAUGUCUUAGCUUAGAGGCUGCUUUCAAUCACCCAGAAAGGUUUCCACGCGGAAUCUUCCCCGGCAUCGCCUCCAUACUUUCCAGACUGGAGUGGUAUUGUCUGUUCUCGGACCUUUUGCCCCGCGACAAUACUUCAGGAACACGCGUGGACUUCAAAGGCCUGGAACACGCCCUCUUAAAUCUGUACCGGACAGUUCUUUAUCACUGCCUGCAGAUCAUAUGUACUAGCGGGCCAUAUUUCGACGAGCUCGACUUCGCUGAUGCAGAAGCGCUGAAGGCUGUCCUUUCGGAUAAGGAGAAUGCUCUGCCGGCAAGCAUAGAGGGGCAGCAGAUUGAUUUGCAAUUGAGGCGACUCUUUGAGUCGACCGACUUUGUUGCCCAUCCACAUUCAAAUGAAAACGCCGGAUCCGAAGCUGAAUCAGAGACUGGAUCCGAAGCUGAAUCAGAGACUGAAUCCAAGGCUGAGUCCGAGAUCGAGUCCGAGAUCGAGUCCGAGACUGCCCUGCGGACCACGGAAGCAGAAACGAGUGAUGACGAGACCGAAGAAGCUGUAGUCGAAUUAUUCAACAGCUCCAACGUGAGUUCGGCUGAUAGCUCCGAAGAAGUUUCUAUUCCGCAGUUCUGGAAGACUGUAGACCUGGAUCACUUUUACGACAAUGUCAGCGAGCUUUUGACCAGUACACUCCAGAAAUUACAAGACUGGGGGUCAAAGAACGAUAAUCGCGUGCUCUGGGUGAGCGGCGGUCCCGGUGCCGGAAAAACUACAAUUUUGGCAGCAAUUGCCCGAAAGCUACUGCUAAGUGAACGGAAGAUCAGUGGAAACAACGCGUUGUAUUCGGUCUUGUGUUGUGGUGAGGAUCAGGGCUCCGACAGUCUUGCAAUGGUGGUAACCAGCUUGGUUGACCAGAUACUGAAAAGGCAGGACGAUCUGCGACAUCAUCUCGACAAAAAGAAUGAGUUGAUCGGGCGGGAGGAUUCCAAUGGUCAAUCUACCUUUCCUGUUAUGUCGGAGGUGCUUCACUCUAUGAUCAAGGAUGAAAACUUUCUUCCCGCAUACUUCGUCGUGGACUCAGCUGACGACUGCUCCACCGGUAACGACUCUGCGGACACAAAAGAAUCUGCGAUAAAUCAACUCACUGCUCUUAUUUCAGCAACAACAGAGGAUUCAACUAAAGUACGAUGGCUGCUUUCCAUCGACUCUCUAGCAAAAGAUGGCAGAGUGAGAGAGGGCCAGCUUCAUCUAGACCUGGACGCCGAGACGGUCGCACUGCAGCCAGCCGCGGAACAUCACGUCGCUUCAGGGAUCCAGAAGCUUACUCGAGAUCCAACCCAAGGGAUACAGUCUCAAUCCGAAGCCCAGGUGGCUUUUCUCGCAAAGUCAAAAGGGAAUUUUUUGUGGAUCAAUCUGGCACUCAAUGUCAUUGAGGGCUAUGGGACCCCGUGGAAUAUACUUCACAUCCUCAAUGGCCUACCCGAGGGAGUAAGUGCAUUCUACCGACAUUCUCUUGGAGAGACAGCCAAGCUUCCCUGGCACGACGCCAUUUAUUGCGAAAGAAUUCUUCAGUUUGCUGCCAUGGCCUUCCGCCCCCUCCUCAUCGAAGAGCUUAAGGCCAUCGCACAACUACCGCCCGGGCUCGACCUUGGCCUCUUCAUACAGAAGAGGUGUUUCACAUUCCUCAAAGUUGUGGAUGGUGCUGUAUGCUUCUUACACAGUUCUGCGCGGCGAUUCCUGCAGUCUGAAAGCGAUGUCCUCAUUAGUUCAUCACGAAGGCACGCUGAAGUCACCCAAAGCUGCUUAGAAUUUCUAGCAGGAUCCUUGGAGACUGGAAGCAUUCUGGAGCCCCUAUCCUCUCACUACGCAACGAUAAAUUGGAUCCGACAUCUUUCAAGUACCGAGGUGUUGCCACAACACCGGCUCAUUGUCAUGAACUUCCUUGACGGACACUUCCUUCCGUGGCUAGAAUCCCUGGCAUCCAGUAAAGAUUUACCGCGGGCUCUCACUGAAUUGCUGAGGCUCGAGACGAGACUCAAAUCAUAUGAUUCCCAAGGAAGUCCCGCUCUUUCAAUGUUCGACGGUUGCCUUCUACUGAUCCGAGAUGCUAUUCGGGUGCUCCAGCUCCACCAAGCAUCACAUGGCCCACCAAUGCUCAAGGUGGUAAACAGUCUAUUGUUUUACCUCAAUAAUACACUUCUGAGAGAUUACUACCGGCGCAGACUACUCCCAUGGUUAAGUUUGCCUCCGGAUGUUGGUCGCAACUCAAACCCUCAGUUGUUUUCGUUGAAGGGACAUCGAGACUGGGUUCGGAGUUGCGAAUACUCUCCGGAUGGCCGAUUCCUAGCAUCAGCAUCUGACGAUUACACCAUACGCAUCUGGGAUACUCAGAAUGGAGAGCUGCGGAACGUCCUCCUAAAAGAGGACGGCUGGAUCCACCGGGUCACAUACUCUUCAAUGGGCUUUAUGGCAGCCUUGGGAGGUGGCUCCAUCGCCGUCUGGGACAACAUGACUUACAUUCUGCGAAAGAUUCUUAAACCAUCUGACCUCGGAGAGGAGACCUCGGAGACCAGCUUUCAGGACAUUGCCUUCUCGCGCAACGGAACCUUCCUGGCUACUGUAACGGAGUUGGCUGUGGCUGUUUGGAGCCUCCCAUCAUACGAGUACAAAAUAUGGAAGAUUCCAGAGGUCGACUACCUUGCAAAUGUUGCGAUUUCCGACGAUGGCUCUUCACUGGCUGUGGUUGGGGCCUCCAAUACUAUACACCUUCUAAACACGUUUGACGGACACAUACGCCCGCUCAUAUCCGAGUACAGCCCAAGGAACCCUCAGUUCUCUCCAGACUCGCGAUACUUGGCAGCAGGCUCAUAUUCGUCUGAAGUCCUCGUUUGGGACCUGGAAUCCAAGGAAGAAACACCGAAGGUAUUUUCAGGGCAUGCCGACGCCGUUAAGACAGUCUCAUUCUCUGCAGAUGGUUCACGCAUCGCUUCUGGCUCGGCGGACAGGGAGAUCAGGAUCUGGGACCUUGGAGGCGACGGGUCCAAAUCCAGGCGAGUGUUGAAAGGACACGAGCGGGAGGUAUUAUGCGUGGCAUUUUCGCCAGUCGCCGCUCAACAUCUUGCGUCAGCGUCAAUGGAUGGCAUAAUUAGUCUGUGGGACAUCGACGCGCACGGCGAUUCCACUGAUGGGGAUUGUCAGCCAACCCGGCACACAAGCCCCGUUAGCUUUGUGACACUAUCGCGAGAUGGAAGGUUUAUUGCCUCGGGAUGCGAUGAAGGACGCCUCUUUCUCUGGAACGGGGAAACGGGAUCUUUUAUAAGAGAGCUCAAACGCCCCGAAAAAGGAAGCCCUCCGCACGAUGGACAAAUCCUAUGGCUUGCCUUCUCGCCGACCUCGGAUAUGCUCCUGUCAACGGCCUUGGAGAACGAAAUCCUUCUCUGGGACGUACACAGUGACGAGCAAAACUUGAAGUGCGAACUUGAGGGUCACCGAGACUGGGUGCGGUCCGCUGUCUUCUCGCCGGACGGGAAGCGAAUAGCCUCGGGUUCGGACGAUAGGACAGUGCGGCUUUGGGAUAGCGGCUUUGACGAAGAACCAGAUGGAGGGAAGGAGAAGUACAAGUCUGUUGCUCUUAAAGGCCACACCGACUACGUCUAUUGCGUCGUCUUCUCUCCGUCUCCAAACGAAAAGGAGAUGACGAACGAGUCGUAUCUCGCGUCUGCAGGAGACGACCCCUACAUCCUCGUGUGGGACUUGCGACCUUCGCGGGGGCUGGAUCAAGACGAUUUUGGUAAGAGGCUGGGGCCCUGUGAGGACACCCGCAGUCUGGCCUUCUUACCUGACGACAAUAGCAUCAUCUCGGCCUCGCGCGACAGUGUUAUGAAGAUCUGGAAUUGGCGAUCAGGUGAGCUCGUCAAGGAAAUCCGGGCAGAAACAGGAACACACCGUUCCAUGCGUUUCUUUGGUCAUUUGACGGACUACGUCCUGACUGAGGGUGGCGCCCAACAUCUUUCAACUUCUGCAGAAGCGCGUCUGCCCCCACCGGGAUGGUUUCCAUACGGCGUACGCAUGAGCCGGGAUGGGGAAAAUGACUCGUUCUGGAUCACUUACAAGGGCCAUAACCUGAUCUUUUUGCCUAAGCAAUAUCGUCCCAACAGCGAUGGUGUCUCCACAGCUUUUGUAUCGAGUUACAAGGUGGUGAUUGGGUGUGAGUCGGGCGCUGUGCUGCUGUUCAAGUUUAACGAGGAUGUGUGUCCUGACCCGCUAGGGAAAGACAAUCCUCUGUGGGACACAUGACUUAGAGUGGGUUCUCAAGCAUUUUCCAAUACUUAGGUCGUUAUAAUAUUGGUUCGCGUGUUUGGUUCGAUGAAUUCUUAUUUAAUUACAUUAAAUACUCGACCAUGUGUUUGAUUUGUAUAAGGCUAUUAGAAAUAAGUAGAAUAGAGCAGUCUCCAUUUUGAGACAAAUCUCCCCG